AUGAAAUACUUGCUCCUGACUCUUAUGGUAUUUUUUAUCCUGUUCCAGCUGUUUCCAGUCUGCAGGUGCCGCAAAGCUUGCUGGGUCAUCAGAGGACACUGCAGGAAGUACUGCAGAUCUGGGGAGCAGGUGAAGAAGCCAUGCAUCAAUGGAGACUACCGCUGCACUUCAAGCAAGGUGGAGUCUUUGCCACAGCCCCCGCAAAGACGGAAGUUCAACACCGUCUUCAAAACCAAGAGCAACACGAACCCAGCCUCCACCUCCACAGCCCUGUGGUAA